AUGGCAACAACUGAAGAAAGAAACAGCACUACAGUUACCUGGUUCAUCCUCGUGGGAUUCUCUGAAUUUCCAAAGCUCACAGUCUUCCUCUUUUCAAUAUUCCUAGGGAUCUACCUCAUGACAAUGUUCUGGAACCUGGGUCUUAUUGUCCUGAUCAAGAUGGACUCCCACCUGCACACACCCAUGUAUUUCUUCCUCAAUAAACUUGCCUUCUUAGAUAUAUGCUAUGUUACUUCCACAGCCCCCAAGAUGCUCUCAGACUUCUUCCAGAAGCAGAAAUCCAUCUCCGUUAGGGGAUGUAUCAUGCAGUACUUCUUCUUUUCUAGCUUUGGUCUCACUGAGACCUGUGUUCUAGUGGCAAUGGCUUAUGAUCGAUAUGCUGCCAUAUGCAGUCCUCUGCUUUACACAGUCAUCAUGUCCCAUAGUGUCUGUCUGCAGAUAGUGGUAGGAUCUUUCAUAACUGGAACCUUUAGCUCACUUAUCCAACUGUGUGGCUUACUUCAGCUCCAUUUCUGUGGGCCAAAUAUCAUCAACCACUUCUUCUGUAACUUGCCCCAACUGAUGAUCCUAUCUUGCUCUGACACCUUUUUCUUACAAGUUGUAAGUUCUGUGCUCACAGUGAUCUAUGGAAUGACUUCUACACUUGUUAUCAUGAUAUCCUAUGGUUAUAUUAUUGCCAGCAUUUUGAAGAUCAGUUCAACUGAAGGCAGGUCCAAAGCUUUCAACACCUGUGCUUCUCACCUGACAACAGUGAUCCUUUUCUUUGGCUCAAGCUCUUUUGUGUAUUUAUGUCCCAACUCUGAUGAUUCUCUUAGCCAAAGCAAACUGGCUACUAUUGUAUACACUGUGAUGAUUCCCAUGUUAAAUCCAUUGAUCUAUAGUCUAAGAAACAAGGAAAUCAAAGAUGCCUUAAACAGAUGGAAGAAGAGAAUUGUCUCUUGA